CGUGUGGGUAAGACGCUAACGUGCAGUAUGGCGGACGAUGGGGACGGUAGGAGCGGAGUAGCUGACACAAGUGACGGCCAGGGGACAACAACAGAGGUGUUGGAUUCAGGGCUCGGUCUCGGCGGCAUGCUUCUCAACUUCGCCUUGUUAAUUUUGUUCUUGGCGGCUUGCUACUGCGUUUACCGACGGUGGUUCAGGAGGUCAGGCGCCGACGCGGGCCGAGGAGACGAGGCCUCGGCUUUGCCCAAGAUGGGCAGGCGGGACUUCACUCUGGAUCAGCUGCGGGAGUACGACGGCGUCCAGAACCCUCGCAUUCUCAUGGCCGUCAACAUGAAAGUCUUCGACGUGACGAGCGGCAAAAAGUUUUAUGGACGCGAGGGACCAUAUGGGAUUUUUGCCGGUCGGGACGCCUCUCGUGGUUUGGCUACGUUUUGUUUGGAGAAAGAUGCACUACGAGACGAAUACGACGAUCUGUCAGAUCUCAAUGCUGUUCAGAUGGAGAGCGUCAGAGAAUGGGAAAUGCAGUUUAUGGAGAAAUACGACUAUGUCGGUCGCCUGUUGAAGCCUGGUGAUGAACCAUCGGAAUACACAGACGAGGAGGACAUAAAGGACCACCUGAAACACGACUGAUGUGACCAAAGCCUGAGACUUAGACUGCUAGCGUCCAGCCAAUUUGUCCCUUGUAGCCCAAACAUUACUCUUUAGCCCAACUGCUCUAAACUAUUGGACAACGACUAGUGUAUUGGAGUAGGUUUCACAGAUUAUGCAUCUCUUCUCCAGUCUUACAACCCCAGGCAGGAGUGUCUGUACGCUGACAGCAGAAAAUGUUCAGCAGCAACAACUGUGCUACAAAAUGGACGGCUCAGAUGUAGGUCUGUUUGGUAACUUCCAGAUUGGAGCAUUAAAUCUAAACCAUUCUUGCCUCAAGGUGUCCCUUUAUACCUGCUACAAAUUCCUGUGGUUGUUCCUCCUCGCCUUCAUUCAUGCCAUGCUGUGUGUAUACAUUUUUGUUUUUCCCAGCUGCAGCACACCUGCUUCAACUCGUCAGCCAAAUAUUAAGCCCAUUUUGAGCUGAGUACGGUGUGGUCAAGAAGGGAAAAUCAAAAACAUUUGAAUUACCCAGGAUUACUAUUUAGUAAGACCAUUUUGCUUUUUGCUUCUUUUCCUUCAGUGUCCCUGUCUGCCUUUGUCUGUGCUCCAUCACAGUCCAUCCAAAUCUACUGUCUUGGAAAAAGGUAUUAGUUACCCCUGUGUGUUUUCCCCUCUCUUCCUGGUCUCCUGUUCACCUCUUUAAAUUUGCUCUGUAUGCUUUAAGCACUUAGCCCUGUAUGUUUAAGGAGUUCUAGGUCUUAAAAAAAAAAAAAAAUCCUGCACAUGUGUGUAUUUAUGAUCUGGUGAUGGACUGUUAAUGUGAAAAGAUGUUAAAAUGUAUGAAACACUGAAAUCCCACUUUUUUAAUUCAAUUCUGUUGAUGGAAAGCCUUACACUAAUGGAAUGGUCUGAAAGAGGGGGGUGAAGUGGUGCGAUCCAAAACUGGAUCACAAAAGCUGCACUAUUUUUGUUUUUUUAUUUUUCUUCGUUUUAAAUCAAAUGCGAAUCGAGGUGUCAUACGAUUCGAUGGUCAGGCGUUAAUACCAGUUAGCCAAUCUGAAAUGGGAGUUGUGGGGGUGUGUUUUUUUUUUUUGUUUGUUUGUUUGUUUUUUUGUUUUUUUUUCCUGCAUUACAAAUUUUGUUUUCCUUUUGUUUUUGGCAUGGUAUGCACUUAUGGUGCCACAGCUUAAUCACAGUGUGAUUGUAUGCAUUUUGUUCAGGUGAGUGAUGAGGGGAAAUAUUUUGGGGAGUAGAGUUUUUUUUUUUUUUUAAAAUAAAAAUGCAAAGGGAAAAUCAGAUUUCGAUCACUUAAAUUCUUUUGAAUGUCAGUUUAUCGGUCAAUCCUGUUCCCCUUCAACCCGACUCCUUAACAGAAACAGUGCGAGUAGAAAUUGUGCCUUAUUAUUUAUUUAUUAUUUUUCUCCUCAAAAACAGUUUAACGGCAAAAAGAA